UGAAAAACAAAGAGGAGAAACUCCAGCUGUUCCACGCGCUGAAAAAGGUCCUCUAUGAGGAUGAUCGACGUCGUAUCAAAGACGUAAGCCAACCUCAGAUGUAUCUCCAACCAAGCGCGAGGCCCAGUCCCAACCAGCAAUACAUGAAACCCCAUCCUCACAUGCUUCUCGCGCAAGGAACGCCUUCGUCACAACAACAGCAAGUGUCGAAUUAUCAGAAACGAGCUCGUUCACCCUCUCCACCUCGAGCUGGAAUCUCAUCGGCCUAUUACCGCACCCCUAUUACUGUGGCCACUCAGGGAGGACCUGCCAAAUUCAAUUCAGCCGUGGCCUCGGCGAUGUAUGGCAAUCAUGCCAAUUUUCAAAUGUAUCCCAGUAUUUCCAGGGAGGAGGCUGAUCGAAACAAGCACCCUUAUCUAUCUCAGACCACGGCAUCGCGGGUCAGUUACACCAAUGUGGUGCCCAGAAAUGCGCCGAUGAACUUGGGGGUAUCUCACGGUGUGGCACCCCAAUCGGCCGAUAAUUUCCGCGGUUCAAUCAUGGCCGGUUAUCCUCGCUCGACAGCGUUGAGGUACCCUAAUGCUUCAACCACUACUUCGGUGGGAGUGCUGCAUGGCGUGCCAAGAUUGGCCAAUGUUCCCCCGCAAACAGGACCGCCUCAAGGUGGGCCACCUCCUCAGGGCAUGCCAAGACUAUACCAGCGAGAAGUGUGAAGAUUUGAGUUAUGUCACAAUGGACUUAAUCAGUUAAUGUUUGAAUGUAAUAUGAAUACGUUCAUGCCGUUUUUGAAGACACAUGAGCUGUGCGAGAUCACUUUUGAAUGUCAUAUUUUACCCCAAGUGAAAUGAUUUUUUUUAGUGAGCUGUUAAGGUCGUCGAGUGUUUAUUGUGGCGCCCCAAUAAGAGAUGACGCCCUUAUUCAUACCAUAUUUUUAGUGCUAUGUUCCAUUGUUCACCUAUCCCGCGUUGAGCGUCCCGCCUUGUAUACAUCUCAAUACAACAUGGUAAAUUUUAAAUUGCCGCUCUUUUCACGUUGCCAGUAUUCGCCAUCCCGAUUGGUCGAUGGGGCGCAAUGGCCUCGCUCAUUGGUGGGCUUUCCUUUGUUGGAUUGUUUGCUUCGCCCCCUUCUUUCUUUCUCUCUUCAUUCCUUUGGGUUGGGUAUUAGAUGCGGAUUUGUGGGGGUAGCUGUUGUAGAACUAGUAGUAGAGGAUGGCAUGAAUGAACCUGUGAGGAACCUACAGAAGGAUCCCCCAGAAUAGUGCAUGUCUUGUUCGGACGAGGAAUUUCUUGGGUGCCUUGAACAUGUCUUCAGGUGGGGUCAGCCACUCCAAUACGGGGACUAGUUCCUCCCAUGGGCCCUCGGGGCAUCCGAUAGCCCUGGGGGGACCCACGGAAAAGGUGCCGUCCUUGUUCAUUGAACGCCCCAAGAUGCCUAGGGCCACUUGGGAAGCCUUGAGAGCACAUGUGAUCAAAGAAAGACAGAAAAAGAAGCAAAUGCUGGACAAAACGCAAGAGGUGGAGCGUCAGAAGAUCCAAAGGGAGACCAAGAAGAAACAAGAGGCCAAAACUUUAGUGGACACUCGAAAUGAGAUCAGUUCACUAGAGAUAAAGUUGGCUCAACUCAAAGAAGAGAAACAUCAACUUUUUCACACCCUGAAAAAGGUCAUAGCCGGAACUAAUGCGGAUGCUGUACUCUAUGAGGACGACCGCCGUCGAAGCAAGGACGUGUCUCACAGUAAUAUAUACAUGCAACAACCAAUUCAAAGACCCACUACAGGAAUCCAAUACAUGAAACCACAUCAUCCCCACAUGCUCUUGGCACCGACUAUUUCCCAGGUCAAUGCGGCAUCGGCCAUGAACCAACCUCAAAAUCUAGCCACUUUAAAACGCCAAAGAUCUCCGUCGCCGCCACGUAGCACCAUUUCCACUGCCUACUACCGUACUCCAGCCUUGUCCAGCACUGCUAAUAAGCACAAUUUACACGCAUCUGCUGUGAACUCGCUCUCAGCCGCUUCGAUCUACGGCUCUUCACCUUCCUACCCGUCGGGCUGUACCAGGGACGACUCGGAGCGAACCCGUCCCCAACAAACAUUGUACCUAUCCGCGGCUGAUUUGUCCCAUCGAAAUGCUUGCACCACGGCGGGAAUGACUGUGGCUCGCUCCGAACCCAAUUUGAGCACGGUGCACUUGUUGGCGGCCUCAGACAGAGGCGUUCGUGAAGCACAGCCGCUCCAGCUAACACGGGCUGGUCCCGGGCAUUCCGUAGGCGGGAUCAAUAGUUCAAACAUUGAAACUUACCGCAGUAGUCUCUUGGCCGGGCUUCACCAGAGGCAAGCUCCCGCAGGAGUCAGAUACUCCAUCACCUCUGCUUCAAACGUUCCGGCCGCGACUUUACUUACAACAUCGACUGGUCAGCGGUUAUCUAGCAUACCCCCUCAAAACGGUGUGGCUGCCGAGAUCACACGGGUGUAUCGGGACGUUUAAGUGGAGCUAUUAAAGAAGAAAUGUUUUCGUACACGCCUUCGGUUUUUUAUUGGAACGUCUGAUCUCAUUCAACAAUAUUUACAAAGUAUUGAAUAAAAUUUAAUAUGUGAUGAAAA